GUUUAGUUUGUUGCGAGAUUCAAUAAGAGGCAGACGUUUUUUUUCCAUUCCUCGAUAUUUCGUGUUGAUGGUUUUUGUGUUUUAAUGUUCCGGUGGACACAAUUUUCUACAUUAACACAAUUUCAUUGUAUAUAUACCUACCGUGUGUAUAACAUAUUGCAAAGAGUGUGUAGCAUCAAAAGAAAAUUUGAACUGAAAUAAGGAGUUCAAUGUAAAGAAUUUCAAGAAUUUUUAUUGAAGAAGCGGCUUUAUGAUUUCUUCUUCUUUUUUAUUAUAUCGUUAACUCUGUGAUCUUUGCGAAUAGAAGAGAACCGAUUACAUAAAGAACCAAUCGAUAAUUGUGUUUGGUAACAGAAUUUUUACUUUUCGUUCAAAUUUCUAACGAUUUUUGUAAUUUUGUAAUUUGAAUGUGAAUCUUAAGUACAGUGAUUUUACAGUUAAUUAGUUUGCUAUUAAAUGUUGAUUCUCCUGAAGUUUAUGGCUGUGAUGGUUUAAGGUGUAAAGAGAAACAAGAGAGUCUGGAAAUAGUAGAGCUGACUCAUUGGAAAUAAUAGAAAAAUUCAAGUUGCACUACUGUGAACUGAAAUUAAGGAAAUUACCACGAGGUUUGCAGUCGCAUUAAUAAAUUAAUUUUAAUUUAUUCGAAGCCGAAACUAUAACAUGAGGGGAAACUCAGGAUUUUUGCGGCUAGCCGUUAUUGGCUGCUUAUUGGUGUGUUCAGUAACAGGAGGUCCCCCGAGACCGCGAAGAAUGAUGAGAGAAACAUUUUCGAACGAUGAAUCGGUACCCACGAGCGACAAUAAAACACUAGACUCUGACACGUGUUCGUACAAUGGCAAAGAAGUGGAAAGAUCAUCAAUUACAUGCGAAACGAAGAAUGGCUGCCGGGAAAUUGAAACGCAUGGCGAAUGUUGUCCAAAAUUUGUUUGUGAAUGUAAGUUAAAUGGAACCAUUUACGAUAAUGGCGAUAAAAUUGUCGACCCAGAAACCCCUUGCGAAGUUUGUGUGUGUCGAGGUGGCGAAAUCAAUUGUAAUGCCUUAACAUGUUACUCUCGAAACGAUUGUAAAAAUGUCACCUAUCUGCCGGGGGUAUGCUGUCCAGAAUAUACUAAUUGUCCACCAUUAGAGAAUGUGGAACUAAACUCGUCCAACGAAACAACCACCGCUGAGUCUGUGAAUCACAGCACAAGUAUUACUAGUAGCACAAUGUUAACGGAAACAUCAACCACACCUUCCCCACCGACCACUACACAAAUGAGCGAAAGUCCGGUUGGAAUCAAAAUUAAGGAAAUCACCAAGCCAGAAGAAAUUCGAAUCACAGACGACCGACCAAAAGUUUUCAAACCAAUAAAGUCCAGUGAAACGAAAACGUCGUCAGCUCUAAGCAAUAGUCAAGAAGCUCCCAUUGAACCAGAAAACGAAUCGGCCCCACUCGCAAUUCUACCGGAAGAAAUUGCCGAGUUGCAACCAUCAGUGAUCGAACCGGAAAUCGAACAGCACACAACCUUUUUCUUUGACGGCAGUGGUAGCGAUCAACCGAUUCAACUAGAAAGCACCGAUCUAAAUACCGUGGGCCAUGUCUCGAUGGGCCCAAAAAUAGUACGUCAAACUGACAUCGUCGGUCUAGAGACGACUGAAGUGCAUACAACGAUUGCUCCAUUUUCGGCGGAAAAUGAAAUCAGGGACGAAGCAUCGACGACUAGAUCGGAUCAUGUGACCGAAGGUCCGACUAUAGAAUCAACAUCUGUGAAGCAUAACACUUCAGUGCUACAAGUGGGUGACAGUGUUGUUAUAUUCGACCGUAGUGGUCAGACACAAUCAAUUCCGCUUAGAGUUGCUGGACUGCAACGAGGCGAAGACACAUACGAUGAGGACGAAACACGAAAAACCGAUGAGACCGAACAAUACUCAACGGCUGCAUCUGAAAGUAGUUCUACUGAUUCAAUGAUGGAACAGUCGUUUUCGACUGAAGUAUUUGAAGUUUAUUAUUACGAACCGCAAGAUAUGACAACUAUGUCACUGGAUUUCCCCAGCAGCGAAGCAUCUGGAGAUGAUUUGAUCAGUGGAAAACCGAGCGAUGAGUUGAAUGAAGGCAGUGCUGAGCAACAAAUUACUGCGACUUCAACCGAAAGAUUACUAACCGAUAUUGAGAGCUCGUCUGGCUACUCUUCUCUUGAUAGGUUCACCGAUCCAAUGCUGGCACAGCAAUCGACUGUAGAUGAGAAAACAAUGAGCUACUACAUUGAAGGUUCGUCAUCAACUUCAGACGAAAUGUCUACAAGUUUCGACAGCUUCAGCACUUCUACCAGUUCCAUUCAAUUAAAUCAACCGUCAGAACCCACUACAACAGAUGUUGAUGAUGACAUUGUUCAACAUGACCAGAACAUAAAUUUUCCCCAUAUUACCGACGAUCUCAGCAUUCACGGUUCCCGAAUGGAAGAUCGAUUGGAAGACGACGAUAAAUUGCGUGCCCACAGCCGAGUCGUUGAGACUGAUUUAGAGAAAAUCGAAGCCGAGCCCGCUGUCGAGCAGAAUUUGAUAAUCACUGGCGAAGAUAACAAGCAAGACGAUUCGUCUUCGACCGUAGCUCCAGUGGAGGACGUAAAUGAAAGCACAAAUGUUAAAAAUUUUAAAGACGUUGAACCGAGGUCACCGGGAGAACCGUUACUGAUUCCAGAAUGGGAACGCAACCAUACGACAGUGGCUCCGCCAUUCGAAUUGAUUUCAUCGAAUGAAACAACGGACGAUCAAUUAUUAGCCGAAAUAUCUAGUCAUGAAGAUCGUACAGUCGAUGCAAUUGUUGCUGAUGAAUCAACGACGGAUCAGUCGGAAUUGAGUAUCAGUACUGAUGAUUCGAUUGAUAUGAAUUCUUCGACAACAUCUGAAAGUCCAAAUGAUAUCGAAUCGAAAGAGACGCAUCCUAUAGCCGGAUCGAGUCAAGUUAGGGAAACAAAUCAUUUAAAUUUACUUUUUGAUGGAACGGCCGAUUUUUUUAGAAUCCAAAAGAAAUUGUGGAAUUCAGCGUUGGUAUAGGACAUGCAAUUGUUUCUUCUGUAAAUUAAUUGUUUUUUUUUACUUUGAAAUUCUACGUCAUUUGUCCUUACGUGAUUGAUAUGGUUAAAAGACAAUCAUCGCACAUCUUAUUCUAAAAAUGUUUGCGUUUUCAUUAAUCUUUCAGAAACAGGAAGCAUAUCAGCCAUGCAAAUCUACUACUUCGUUUAACAAAAAUCUUCUACUUCAUUAAUUUCGACAUCCCUUCCACUAUAAGACAAACCUAGCCUGAGUUCAUCGCUUAUUUACGUCAUCAUUGUGGUCAACAGAUGAGAUGACAGCCUGAAAAAAGUUCUAUGAUUUACGAUCAUCUUUCUAAGGUCUAAGAUCUCUACCCAACAAGGAACUUAAUUAUUGAAUAUAUUUCGCAAAAAUUCAACAUAAUGAAGACACUGCUGCUGUGACUAUGCUAAGAGAGUUGCUUCCUGCUAUAUUUCGUUACAACUUGUAAUUUACAAAGGAAGAUUCUCGAAAAUGUUGAAAGAAAAUUUCUUCAAAAUUAGGGAAGAUCUUUGGAAAUAGAAAGAAAAUCGUUGCAACUAAUGAAAUGUCCUAAAAAUCUGUAAGAAAGUGAAUUGAUUGAUUAGAAAACUUUUCCAUUUGUUUAACAAUCUAACAUUUCAACAUUAAAUUUGUCUUCCCUCUGUUCACUUGUUCAGCAUGAUGAUUGAUGAACAUGAUGUCUAACGAUGAUGUAAUUGCUACAAAUUGAUUCGAGUCGUCCUGAUGAAAAAUAUUUUUAAAUUAAGAGAGAGCACAAAAAAAAGUAAAUUACAUUUUGCACUCUCUGAAAGGUUACUAUACUGCUGGAGAAUCCUAAGAACCAACAUGUUGUUAACAAUUUCAAUCUAAUUCAUAAACAGUAUAAUGUCUGUGAGUGAAUAGCUUCAUCGGGAGAUCGUAUACGGAAUGACUAGCAAGAAUUGGAUUGAAAUUGUUAGUCCUUAUGGUUCUCUAAAUGUAUUUUGUUCGUGUUUUUCUUUUCAAACCUUCAAAAAUACCGAAUCAUUUCGUAACUUUUUAGAAAUUGUAAAGUUCAAAAUUCCAAUUAAUUUAGUCAUUUAGUCAAGAUGCGUCCUGAAGGGAUGUGAUAAUUUAUUGCAUAUGGAAUCCGAUAUUGUCGGGACGAGCGAGAUGAAUGUGUUGUGUUCGAAAACGAAGUCAAAUCAACUCGAUUUAUUUGACAAUAUGAAAUAUAGAUAAGAAACUGAAGUGUCAGUUUUUCCUUUAAAUUAAUUUUUAAUUUUUAUGUUUACGACUCGAGUUUGGGUUUUCUCUUCAAAAUUAAGAAUAAAUCAGAUAAUUAAAAUGUUGAUAGGUGUUGCAUUGAGCUAGCAAUAAAUUUGGAUAUUAUUGAGACUGUUCACAAACGUUUCCAAUUGUUACGUUUAAACUAUUAAUUUAAAGUGAAAUUUGUUUCAUCCCCGCUUUUAUUAAUUAAUUUUGUUUUAACAAAUUUCUUUUAUUUUUUAUGACUUAGGAUAUUUUUAUUAAAAUAGAAGUAAAUAAAUUAGUCGAUUCGUUUAAACUUUACAAAUUAUGAAU